CUGCGCAGGCGCCCUGCGGUCGCGGAGCUGUCUGGGUAAAAAUGGAUGCUCACGAUCUCUUUCGCCGGCUUGGCGUGGGGGCCAAAUUCGACGUGAGACGUUUCUCGGCGGACGCGGCGCGAUUCCAGGUAGGAAAAAGGAAAUAUGACUUUGAUUCUUCAGAGGCGCUGCAGGGACUGGACUUCUUUGGAAACAAGAAGUCUGUCCCAGGUGAGUUUGGAGCAUCAAGAACUCAUCAGGAGCUUCAAGAUGAAGAGAAAAAAGAAAGCCUAACUGAAAGGAAGAGGGAGCAGACCAAAAAAAAGAGGAAGAUGAUGACUUCAGAAAUUACUUCUCAAGAAGAAGGUUCUAUACAGUGGAUAUCAUCUGUGGAAGCAAAAAUUGAAGAUAAAAAAAUUAAAAGAGAAAAUAAACUAACUUCAGGGAAGUUGGAGAAUCUCAGAAAAGAAAAGAUAAACUUCUUCCGGAAUAAACACAAAAUUCAUGUCCAAGGAACUGAUCUUCCUGACCCAAUCGCUACAUUUCAGCAACUUGACCAGGAAUAUGAAAUCAAUUCUCGACUACUUCAGAACAUUCUAGAUGCAGGCUUCCAGAUGCCUACACCAAUCCAAAUGCAAGCCAUUCCAGUUAUGCUGCAUGGUCGAGAACUUCUGGCUUCUGCUCCUACUGGAUCUGGAAAGACUUUGGCUUUUAGCAUUCCCAUUUUGAUGCAACUAAAACAACCCACAAAUAAAGGCUUCAGAGCCCUGAUUAUAUCACCAACACGAGAACUUGCCAACCAGAUUCACCGAGAGUUAGUAAAAAUCUCUGAGGGAACAGGAUUCAGGAUACACAUGAUACACAAAGCAGCAGUGGCAGCCAAGAAAUUUGGACCUAAAUCAUCUAAGAAGUUUGAUAUUCUUGUGACUACUCCAAAUCGACUAAUCUACUUAUUAAAGCAGGAUCCUCCAGGAAUAGAUUUAACAAGUGUUGAGUGGCUGGUGGUAGAUGAAUCAGACAAACUGUUUGAAGAUGGCAAAACUGGGUUCAGAGACCAGCUGGCUUCCAUUUUCCUGGCCUGCACAUCCCAUAAGGUCAGAAGAGCUAUGUUCAGUGCAACUUUUGCAUAUGAUGUGGAGCAGUGGUGCAAACUCAACCUGGACAAUGUCAUCACUGUAUCCAUUGGAGCAAGGAAUUCUGCAGUAGAGACUGUAGAACAAGAGCUUCUCUUUGUUGGGUCUGAGACUGGGAAGCUUCUGGCCAUGAGAGAACUUGUUAAAAAGGGUUUCAACCCACCCGUUCUUGUUUUUGUUCAGUCCAUUGAAAGGGCUAAAGAACUAUUUCAUGAGCUCAUAUAUGAAGGUAUAAAUGUGGAUGUUAUUCAUGCUGAGAGAACACAGCAACAGAGAGAUAACACAGUCCACAGCUUCAGAGCUGGAAAAAUCUGGGUUCUUAUUUGUACAGCCUUGCUAGCCAGAGGGAUUGAUUUUAAAGGUGUGAACUUGGUGAUCAACUAUGACUUUCCAACCAGCUCAGUGGAAUAUAUCCACAGGAUCGGUCGAACUGGAAGAGCAGGGCAUAAAGGAAAAGCUGUUACAUUUUUCACUGAGGAUGAUAAGCCAUUAUUAAGAAGUGUUGCCAAUGUUAUACAGCAGGCCGGAUGUCCUGUACCAGAAUACAUAAAAGGUUUCCAAAAACUACCAAGCAAACAAAAGAAAAAGAUGAUUAAGAAGCCAUUGGAAAGGGAGAGCAUUAGUACAACUCCAAAAUAUUUCUUAGAAAAAGCUAAGAAUAAACAGAAAAAGGUCACUGGUCAGAACAGCAAGAAGAAAGUAGCUCUUGAAGACAAAAGUUAAAAACAAACUUUCUAAAAGACUUUAUCAGAAAUGUAGUUUAAUGAUCCCAGCAUGAAUGUUGUUUUCAUGGAAUACUUCAAAUCCUGUAAUCACCUGUAACAUUUGAAAGCAACUACAAGAACAUGGGACUGAUGAAAAAUGAUCCUAAACUAUCAAUGCAUCAUGUCAAAUUUCAAUUUGUUGGUGACUUUUAACUGAUUACACAAUGGAAAUAACAUUCAUUGACAUUUCUGUGGUUUGAAUCCAGAGAGAUACUUCUUAUAGAAGAACAAAAGCUUAUGCUAAAAUUAACACCCAAAUGUGGUGAACUCUUAAGGAAUUUUCCCUUCAAGUAUGAAGGAAGGUGUGAUGUAUGCUGUGGAGAGUCAUCUGGAACCAGAUUUAAAAGUAAAGCCUUGAGGGGCGCCUGGGUGGCUCAGUCGGUUAAGCGUCCGACUUCGCCUCAGGUCAUGAUCUCACAGUCCGUGAGUUCGAGCGCCGCUUCGGGCUCUGUGCUGACAGCUCAGAGCCUGGAGCCUGCUUCAGAUUCUGUGUCUCCCUCUCUCUCUGACCUUCCCCCGUUCAUGCUCUGUCUCUGUCUCAAAAAUAAAUAAACAUUAA